AUGAGCGACUCUCGCUACUCUUACGAUGAAAACUCGGAGGUGUGGCCUUACUUUGUCAUCACACUGACAGCCGUUGUCACAAUCCCGCUUUCGCUAGUUGCUUAUAGCCGAAUUUCAGCUAAAGAAGACCCACACGCCAAAGCGACCUACGACCAGAGCGGGUUCGAGCCAGAAAAUGGAGACGCAAUUAAAACUUACCGUGUGCGGUCGAAGCGAUCAAAGCUUUUCACAAAGCUCAAUUUGUUUGUGUCGCUUGGAUGGCUUUUGAUUGGCGCCAUGGUACUGUUGGUCGCCACCAGCUCGCCCGUGGAAUCUUCCAGCACCAAUGUUUUCAAUCCCUAUGAUAUUCUUGAUCUUCCAAUUGACGCGUCUGAAAAGGAAAUUAAGGCUCAGUACCGCCAGUAUACGCUUAAGUUCCAUCCAGAUAAAGUUCGCACUCUUGAAGGCAACAUGACUAUGGAAGAUGUUGAGGCACGGUUUGUGUCCAUCACCAAGGCUUAUAAGACUUUGACAGACCCUGAGGUCCGUGAAAACUACAAGAAGUAUGGGCAUCCUGAUGGACCCCAAGAGACUUUCCAUGGAAUUGCUCUGCCCAAGUUUUUGGUUGAUGGCAAGGGAUCGACUCUUGUUGUUGGAUUUUACGUUGUUUUUUUCGCCAUCUUGCUUCCCUACGCAGUGGGUCGUUGGUGGUACUCUACACAGGUGUAUACAAAGAGUGGUGUGCAUGUUGAGUCUGCUGGGCUGUUUUUCGAGACUCUUGUUAAGGACCAGCCUCAAUUUGUUUCUCAUGAAAAGAUUUUGGAGCUUGUGAGUGAAGCCGAGGAGUACAAACUACUUUAUCCCGGGAUCAGUUCUGCCAAGGUUUUAGAGCUUCUUCAUCAGCACCUUUCACGCAAGAAGAGCGAGAAUGCUGAAGAUGAGGCUAAAAAGAUUGCAAUUGCUGCUCGCGCACCUCUUAUUUUGGACGGAUUUUUGGAUAUUGCAUCUGCUUCUAAAUCUCUUCCAUUGUGUAACCGUAUUCUUGAUGUUCGUCGCUGCAUUGUUCAGGCUAUUCCCUUGGAGGCUCGUUUGAUUGGUGCUGAGCUGGCGCAACUUCCUGGAGCUGACGCAUCAGUUGUUGGUGGAUCUGUUGUGCGCAAGUUGCCUCAGCUUGUUACCAAAAAUGCAACUGAAGUUGGGACCGUUUUGGGAAUUAAGGACAAGAAGACUGCGGAAGUUGCGCUCAAGACAGCGAAAAACAUUUUGAAACUUCACGUGUUGAGUACCUACUUUAAAACACCUGGUGAAGAUAUUGUUCCGUCCAAGUCACAAGCACAUAUUGUUGUGCGAUAUGUUGUGACAACGGAAGAUGUUGGGAAACUGCCUGAGUUGAGUCGUGAUGAGAUUCGAGAAGACGAGACCAUGGCAUUGGUUCGCAACCCGAUGCUGACAAGUAAUCAAGGUCCUGAGUUCCCACGCACUCUUGCACCAUAUUUUGGUGGUGAAGAGCACCCUACUUGGGAGAUGUUUUUGUUUGCAGGCCCCCAAAUUAUUUUGGAAGGACCUAUUGAAUUGAGUCGUGGUUAUGUGACGACUGCGGAAGAUAUUCAGAAAUACCUUGACGAGAAGGCAGCUAAUGCCAAGAAUGCAUCCAAUGCUGUGGAUGAGCAGAAAACGAAGAAAGAAGAAAAAGAUGAGGAAGAUGAUUUAAUAAUCAAGAACACUCUACCUAUUAAACCUGAGGACCAAACCAUUAAGAUUAAUACUGUGAAGAUUCCUCUUUCUUCUAUGACACCUGAGAAUGAAGGUGAUUAUAAGUUUAUGUUACAGUUUUUGUCCAAGGAUUACUUUGGUGCAGAUUUACUGGAACGGGUGGAAGUCAAGAUUCAAAACUCACCGCCAGAGGCCGUGAGCAAUGAAGUUUAUGAUAUUCCUGAGCCUGAUGAGGAUUCUAUUGCAGGUGCAGUAUCACAGAUGCGUGGAGAGAGUCGUAAUGUGAAUAAAGCUGAUAAUAAAGAGGGUAAUGAUGAUGAUGAUGAUGAUGAUGAGGAAGAAGAAGAAGAAGAGGACUUGUCGGAUAUUGAUACAGAUACUGAAGCUGAAUUUAGUAGUGAUGAGGAGGAAGAGGAUGAAGAUAUUAAAAAGAAGAAAUAA